AUGGCCCCAAAAACUAUUUCUCGUGCUCGAAAGAUCAUCAUUGUUAGCCACGUUCAAGAUCUUAUUCCCAGCAACUUUUCCAAGCUAGUCACGUUUGCUUUUACGCAGGGGGAGAUUAAUCGUACCGUUACCUGGGCUCGUGGCCUAGGCAAAGAUCAUAAGGACGAUAUUUGCGCCCCGAGAAACCCCUACUUCUUUCGCUAUCCUUGCAUGGGUGACAGUAUCGGUGUGACAGGAAAUGGGGUGUUUGAAGAUAGCACUGCUACUCUUGGUCCUUGCAUCACCGUUGGUGGUGGGAGUUAUUGGUUGGGCAACUUUCAUCCCUUCAUGGAGGCCUACCAACAGCUCGCUCAAGUGGAGGUUGAGCAUCCAUCAUCCCAAGAUCGCAAGCGAUGCAUUGACGAGGGACAUGAUGCCAUGGCCCAGGAGACGAACUUCAGGCUUGGUAGGCUCGAGGUCACGUCAGGUCUGAACCUCAAGACAACAAGAAUUUCACAUGAUCCUUAUUGGGAUGAGUGUGAUAUGGAUAAGCCUCUUGUCGUAACAGACUGGGCUCUCAUCGGUGCCCGUACUUCACAAGCAAACAUCCUUCGCAAAUUCCCUUCAGAAACCCAACCUCCAACUCAGGAACCAACCAUAGCUACUACAACCGCUAUUGUGCCAGGUGCAGAUGUUCUGUCUAGCGGUCGAACAUCUGGUUAUCAGCGCGGCCAGAUUUGCGAGAUCCCUGCGUAUGUAUCUGGGGUAGAGAACCAGACGCAGAAGGCUACGAGAGAGUGGUUUAUCGAGGAACCAUGGCCGCAAGAGGAUGAGGAUGCCUGGAUACGUGGAGGCAUUGGUGUCAACGGCGACAGUGGCGCUGGAGUUGUUGACGCCAAUACAAAUGGCCUAAUCGGUCAAGUAUGGGGUCGCAAUAACUAUUGGGGGCCUGGACAACGUGUGACCUACUUCACUCCCAUCGCAGACAUUUUCGACGACAUCCAGGAAAAGUGUGGGCAGCAGUCACGCCCUCAACUCCCGCAGCAUCGUGAUGAAGCAAACUGCUUUCCGUUACAUCCAUCAUGUCGUCAAUGCUUCGAUCUACGGGUGUACCUCAAUAGUAGCAGGAGGAGUUCGCGGAUGUCGCUCCAAAGCAUGUCAAUGGGCACAGGUGAUGGCGACCAGGAUCUGACCUCUAUUGAGGCUGUCUCAGAGCUAGCUACGCCAAAGGAUUAUCACCGCUACUCGGGCAUCGAAGAGACUCUGGUUUCUCUCAGCGGUAUCGUCUCUCCAGCAGGGCCCAGUGGUUAUCCUGGUACUCCCAUGAUAGCAGAUAUGAAGAGCCCCUAUGCUACCGAGCUUGAUCUUGGUGAUCUGUAUGGGUCAGAAGCAACUGCGCCAACUCAGGCCCGAAAAAGAAGAACGUCUUGUCUAGCUGCCGCACCGGCUCCAGGUAGAUGGAAGAAGCAGAGAACUUGUGAUUGA